AUGAAGCGUUCUGGAAUGUAUACCAGGAUCUACCAGAGCAGCCGAGCAGAAGCAAACAUAGAGAAAUGGACCCGUCAUAUGAAAGGGGAAGAGUGGGAGCUACUGGGUCCCCUUCAGAAGGUUAUCUACAAUGGUGUGAUGCAGGAGAACUUUGAGACUGUCUUCUGUGUAGCCUUCCGCCCCACUGGCUGCUCUGAAAAGCCACUUUUGCAUUGUUCCAGGGUCCUGCUCGCGCUCGCUGCAGCACAUCACCGGCGCCCCACCACGUCAGACGCGGCCGUGGACACCAGCUCCGAGAUCACCACCAAGGACUUGAAGGAGAAGAAGGAAGUUGUGGAGGAGGCAGAGAAUGGAAGAGACGCACCUGCCAAUGGAAAUGCUAAUGAGGAAAAUGGGGAGCAGGAGGCUGACAAUGAGGUAGAUGAAGAAGAGGAAGAAGGUGGGGAGGAAGAGGAAGAGGAGGAAGAAGGCGACGGUGAGGAAGAGGAUGGAGAUGAAGAUGAGGAAGCUGAGGCUCCUACGGGCAAGCUGGUAGCUGAAGAUGAUGAGUUUGAUGAUGCUGACACCAAGAAGCAGAAGACCGAUGAGGAUGACUAGACAGCAGAAAGGAAAAGCUAAACUUAAGGCCACCGUGACCUAUUCACCCUCCACUUCCCGUCUCAGAUGACAUGCGCUCUCUACCACCCCACCAAAUCCACACCAUGAAUUUGCAACAGGGGAGGGAAAAAGAACCAAAACUUCCAAGGCCCUGCUUUUUUUCUUAAAAAUACUUUAAAAGGAAAAUUUGUUUGUAUUUUUUAUUUACAUUUUAUAUUUUUGUGCAUAUUGUUAGGGAGUCAGCCAUUUUUAAUGAUAACGGGUGACCAAACCAGCCUUCAGAGCGUUUUCUGUCCUACUUCUGACCUUACUUGUGGUGUGACCAUGUUCAUUAUAAUCUCAAAGGAGAAAAAGAAACCUUGUAAAAAAAACAAAAACAACAAAAAAAA